GUUUGUGUGUUUUGUGCGCUCACCACAUUGUUCCCCCAAGGUGAUUGAUAAGUUAGCUAAGGAGGUAACAUGGCGAGUGCAAUCUGGCGAAAUUUAAAGCGAAAUAAGACGUUCCGGUACGGGGUGCCUAUGAUGCUAUUAAUCGUGGGUGGUUCUUUUGGCCUCCGGGAAUUUGCCCAAAUACGCUAUGAUGCCCAAAAACAUAAAAGAAGGAUUGACCCAACCUUGGAAAAAAUAAUCAACAAGAACCCAGUUUCUCUGGAAUCAGAGUAUGAGAAAAUUAAGGAAACUAAAUUUGAAGACUGGAAGAAUAUCCGUGGCCCUCGUCCUUGGGAAGACUCAAAAUCCUUUCAGGAUCAACAGAGGGACUCUGAACAAUCCAAAAAUGCCUAGCGUGGUCUACCAAUGAAGGAAAAGCAACAUACACUGCGUACAGCAAGAUAUUUAUUGCUAAUUCACCAUUUGGGAUUGAUGGAUGGAAAUAUCACCUCCAAUGGUGUUCAACUUCCAUUCAUCCAGGAACCAUAAUUUCCGGCUGAUCUGCGGAGCGAGUGAACAUGCUUCAUUGAUUACUAAUAUUAGAUUUUUCCUUUAGCCAGGAGAGCCUUGAUGAACUGUUAACCACGAUUUAGAUUUUCUGAUUGUUUUCCUAGAUGGGUUUAUGGUUUGUUUGUUUUUUUGUAAUUAUUUUUUUGUUUUGUUUUUAUGCACUUCUACGUUUGAUGUACUUUUUCACACGGCGAUAAAUGAUUGUUGUAAACCAGAAUACUAAAUCUGUUGUGUAGACACAGCUGUAUGGAAGAAAUGCCUGUAUGGAAGCCUAACAAAGACCAGACAAGACAAUUGUGGGAAAAUAAACUAUAUAUAUAUUUCAUGUAAAAAAGUAAAUUAUAAUAAACAAUUUUACAAUUUAUUAUAAA